AUGGCCCCGGGCUGUGCAGGAGACCAGACGGCCCUCGAGCCAAGAGCCGAUCACAAGUAUUCCACACUCGCAACAUAUCCGAUUCAAUCACCUCUCCCCUAUCCAACCAGCAUUCUCGAUUCUGAAACGGCCUGGAUCCAAGCGUGGAACUUGCAGGAAACUUACUCCACGGACCACGAGCCACGAGGGAGAGGGCUGAAGACACCCGAGGCCUAA